AUGCUCACUUCACCUAAUUAACGUCCGCGACGCCGUGCAUUUGCCGCUAACUUUGUGCGGACAAAAGUAAAAAGAAAAAUGCAAUCUCUGCAAGAGAAAGCCGCGCAAUGGAGCGGAGUUGAUACGGCCGACGCUUUCGCUAUUGACGAUACCAAUUUAUUUCAGAAACUAGGCCUCCAGACCUUCGUUAAUCUCUCUACCAAUUUCUACAACAGGGUUUAUGACGAUGAUGAAGAAUGGUUUAGAUCGAUUUUCGCCGGCUCGAAAAAGGAAGAAGCAAUUCAAAAUCAAUACGAAUUUUUUGUGCAGAGAAUGGGAGGGCCUCCCAUGUAUUCUCAGAGAAAAGGCCAUCCUGCACUCAUUGCACGCCACCGGCCAUUCCCUGUUACGCAUCAAGCUGCUGAAAGAUGGUUACAUCACAUGCAGAAUGCAUUAGACUCCAACCCAGAUAUUGAUGCUGACUCAAAAAUCAAGAUGAUGAAUUUUUUCAGGCAUACUGCAUUCUUUCUUGUGGCUGGUGAUGAGUUGAAGAAUCAAAACCAUCAACCUCGGUGCAAGCAUGAUGCCAGCAAACCAGGUGCAUCAUAAAAAAAUUAUUAACAAGAUUGCCACACUCCUUUGUUGCGACAAAUGAGGGGAUUAAUAUUAUUCAUUGAACCUUUGUACUGAUGUAAAAGAAAAUUUUCUUAUAGCUUUUUUAUCAAUAAAAAUGAAAAAUCUUAAUUAA